UAAAAAGUGAGCAAAAUGUUCUUCAAAAACGAUGAAAAACUGUUUUCCGCACAAUUUUAUGUGGAACCAACGGAUGACAGUGGCAACAAUGCCGCUGCAUAUGCACCAAACUUUCCGUAUCACGAGAACGUGUCAACGCGAUAUUUUUCGCACACAAACACAAACGACGACACUGACGCGCUAAAUGCAACGUUUUACAAUGCCAGUGUGCCAAUCGAGAGUUGUGACACAGUCUAUGAGAUGCCGGGCGUAAAUCCCACAUUAUUCCAAGUCAUCAUCUAUGUCAUGUACAUUUCAAUUUUGUUGCUGGCGCUCGUGGGCAACGGCACCGUUUGCUUUAUCGUUCAAUCAUCGCCUCGCAUGCGAACAGUGACAAAUUACUUUAUUGCCAACUUGGCUGUCGGCGAUAUCCUCAUGUCGUUCUUUUGUGUCCCCUUUACGUUUAUUUCCAUGUUCAUUCUGCAGUACUGGCCAUUUGGGGCUAUUUUGUGUCGUGUCGUCAACUAUUCGCAGGCGGUGUCGGUGUUCGUGAGUGCAUAUACUCUUGUGGCAAUCAGUGUAGAUAGAUAUAUCGCAAUUAUGUGGCCGCUCAGGCCUCGGAUAACAAAGAGAUAUGCCAAGUGUAUCAUAUUUUUUGUGUGGUUCUUUGCAUUCCUGACGGCGCUGCCAAUUUCCAUCAUGUCAAAAUUGAUACAACCGGGAUCGUGGCAUGAACAGUGUGAUAGAUACAUUUGCGGCGAAGACUGGCCUGAUCCCACACUAAACCGUUACUACACAACCGCACUAAUGAUCCUUCAGUUCAUCAUUCCCUUGUGCGUUCUCGUAUCGACCUACACUCGUAUCGCGGUCGCUGUUUGGGGAAAACGUCCGCCUGGCGAAGCAGAAAACUCCCGCGACCAGCGAAUGCAUAAAUCAAAGCGGAAGAUGAUCAAAAUGAUGGUAACAGUUGUGAUAGUCUUUACAAUGUGCUGGGCUCCAUUCAAUAUUCUAGGGAUAAUUGUAGCGGAGAGUGGGGGCGACAGCGAACUGCUUCCGUACUUUUGGCUCACAUUUCAUUGGCUCGCCAUGUCGCACAGUUGCUACAAUCCCAUCAUUUAUUGCUACAUGAAUGCUCGGUUCCGCAGCGGUUUUAUCACAGUUCUGCACACGGUGCCGCUGCUCGGACGAUGCGGAUGCCUCCAGAGAUGCAGUGCCCGACAACGAAGCGGCAGCAAUGCAACACACCUCGCACAUACCGGGAUCGACGAAGUUUCUCAGAUGCACCGGAACAACACAUGCACAACGUUUAUCAGUACGAAGAGGAUCUCAAAGACUUCGAACGCGCAAAUUCCAUAUACAUCAGCGGAAACGGUUUUACGGUGAUACGGGACCGCGCGUGAGAAUUACCAAAUGCAGACGACGACCUUUAACGGUGACAGUCGCCUGUCAAUUUGUGAUAACUCUGCGGGCUGCAACGGCAUGCGCCAAGCCAAGCUGAAGCACAAGACGAAACAGAAGAAAAUUCUCACGCCCGUCAACUCGAAUACAACGCAAAUUUACGAAAAUUCUAGUAGUGGUGCAAGUGAUCACCGUUAUGACUGAAUAUUUUUAAAAAAAUUAUAAAUAAUUAAUAAGAAAAAUAAAAAUUAAUAAUUAGUUUUGUUA